AUGUCUUCAACAACGACUGAGACUGUCACGCCUCGAGGGUCGAUCACCACCACGGUGGAACCUGAAGAUGCAUUCAAGAACAAAGUCAUUGAGGUCCUUUUUUCGGCUCCCGAAAUCCAGAAAGCAUCCGCGACUUACAGUAAGGUCAAAGACCUAGAGGGCCAAAUUCGGACUCGAGAUGAAAAGCUGGCCAAUUUGCAGAAGGACAUCAAAGCCCACCAAGAGAAGGAAUCGCUUGUGAUCGAACCUCGCCACCCAGAAGGAGAUUGCAGAAAAAAAGUGGUUGCCCUCCUCAAGGAAGUCAAGGAUAGGGAUAAUUCUUUGGCUGAGAUCUCUCGGAGAUAUCAAGAUCUUCAUUGCCAGCUACAAACGCAGUUAUCGGCAAGAUCUCAGGAUGAAAAAAGCACAAAGUCAAUGAUCGCACAACACAAUCUGAAAAUUGAUUCGUUUCAGAUAAUGCUUAAAGAAAAAGAUGCAUCGAUCAACGAAUUGAAGAAAAGCGAUGCAACUCUCGCUAGCCGCCUUGCCGAUGAAGAAGCGAAAAGUAAGCACCUUGAACAAGACAAGAAGUCGCUUGAUGGAAAAUUGCUUGAGACCCGUAAUAGGCUUGAAAAGAUCGACUCCUUCAUCCUGAAACAGCACGAAAUCGACGAGGAGUCAAUAAUAGAUGGCUUUUCAGGCCUCUGGAACUUUGCCACGAGCGAGAUCUGGACCGUCCUACGACAGGAUCUGGACGAAGGGCAUCUCAGAAACAAUGAACCCUGGAGGAAGCUCAGACAAGAUACUGAUACUUUUAUCCGAGAUGGAGCCCUCCAAGGACAGCCUGUCCCCCUAUGUGCUUCGAAUUCCGAAGCCGCGAAAGGAAUGCGUCUAGCCGUGAUGCUCGCCAUUCUAUCCAGGCAAAUUGACAAGGAAAUCUUUCAACCGAGUCACUUUCCAUCCGAAACCGGCCAUCUUAGGCUGAGCCUCAAUAAGCUCGCGAGAAGCGACAACAAAAGAGAGCAAUUUUAUCGAUCCGUUCUACUUUCGAUUGACCGUGAUGGGCAGGAAGCUGAACUUCGGUCUAGGGCCAGUUCUCUUGUUCGCAAUGUGUGCCACUAUCUCUACGAGUUUCUCCCGACUCCCCAGUAUGAGGAGCUCAGAGAGAGGAUAACGAACGUUGUUAACAGGGCAAUUGAAUUCUGGCGUCCGAUCCAGACUUCUACGAGAAAAUAUGAGACAGAAUUUGAUUUUACCGGUUGGGUCCACGAGGAGGAUCCUUUAUUCCAGUUUCCGGUGGGUGGUGAAGAUCCAAUCGGGGCCGCACGUCCAGAUGAUCCCUUCCUUGUUAUUUUCCCUGGAUUGUAUUGUUUGGAGAGUGAGACUGUCGUUUUGGCUUCUGUCGUUCCACUCAUGAGCUCGCAGAAGUUAUAUCUCGCUGCAAAUCAAGAGCUGAGGGAUGAAGUUCGAGGCAAAGCCAGCCCUACGACUAAACAAUUGAGUCGGAAAAGGCAGAACUCUGUUGCUCAAGUCCAAUUGCCUCCAAAUGGCACCAGUUUUUUAGGGAAGCAAUCCUCCGGGGGUUCAAGCCAUUAA